AUGAAGCCCGAGAGGCAGAAACAACUGCAACAGCGGCUCGAGAGCGGAGGAACUCUACCCCUCGAUAACGACGACGGGUCGUUAGAGCCCUCGAUCGAGAAGGCCACCGGAACUACAACACGCAAAUGCGCAAAUUGUGGGGCUGAGGGCCACAUCAAGACGAACAAGAAGCUCUGCCCGUUGCUCAACGGCUCGAUGCCGACCAAAGACCAAAACCAAGACGAUGGCGCCUCUGGUGUCUCUACCGGCCAGUGGGCAUGA